AUGUCCUCCUUUGAAUCAGUGGUCGUCAUCGACGGCAAAGGACACCUCCUCGGUCGUCUGGCCAGCACUGUCGCCAAGCAGCUGCUCAACGGUCAGAAGAUCGUCGUCGUGAGAUGUGAGGCCCUCAACAUCUCCGGCGAGUUCUUCCGCGCGAAGCUCAAGUACCACGCCUACCUUCGCAAGAUGACUCGUUUCAACCCCACCCGUGGUGGUCCCUUCCACUUCCGCGCUCCUUCCCGUAUCCUCUACAAGGCCAUCCGCGGUAUGAUGCCCCACAAGACCGCCCGUGGUGCCGCCGCUCUGGAGCGCCUUAAGGUCUUCGAGGGUGUUCCCCCUCCUUACGACAAGAAGAAGCGUGUCGUUGUUCCCCAGGCUCUCCGUGUCCUGCGUCUCCGUCCCGGUCGCAAGUACUGCACCGUUGGCCGUCUCAGCCACGAGGUUGGCUGGAAGUACCAGGAUGUUGUUUCCAGACUCGAGGAGCGCCGAAAGGUCAAGAGCAAGGCUUACUACGAGCGCAAGAAGGCCGCUCGCCGUGUCCUUGCCAAGGCCGAGCAGGGUGCGAAUGUGGACAGCAAGACCAAGACCCAGCUUGCUCAGUAUGGCUACUAG